UUCCAGUUUCGGAGUUUGACUCCAGAGGAUUAUAAACAGAUUCUCUUGAACCUGGAACGUCACUAUCAGGACUUCAUGAGGCAAAGUCAAGAUUCCCAAAUGUUUGGAGCAGACGACCGAAUUCAGUUGGAGAGGGAAUACAAACUGACGACUCAGCACUACGAGAAGCUGCUCCAGAACCUGGAGAGAGGUGAGCAGGAUGAAGCCAGUUGUAGACAGUAUGUGACACAGCUGAAGGAUAUCCGCCUGCAGCUGGAGUCCUGUGAGAAGCGAACGAUCCACAAAAUCCGACAGCCACUGGACAAGGACCCACUGGGAGAGUGUAAGCAGCGACUCAAUGAACAGCAGAAAAUCCACUUGGAGCUGGAAGGGAUUCAGAAGAAUCUGAACACGGUGACGGAGAAGACAGAGAAAGUCCUGGCCAUGCCUGAGCAGCUGAGCAGUGCACCCACACUGCGCUCCGAACUCGACCUGACCACCGAGAAGAUGGACCGGGUCUACAGUCUGUCUGCUAUCUACCUGGACAAAUUGAAGACAAUUGAUGUGGUCAUUCGCAGCACACAGGAGGCUGAGGAUUUGGUCAAGAAAUAUGAGACUCAGCUGAGAGAGGUGAACAAUGUUCCAGCUGAUGCAAAGUCAUUGGAGUCCUACAAAAAACAGCUCAAGGUAAGAUGGCUGCUCCUACCAGAGAAAGUGGGUAUUAGUGUGUGAAAGAAACUGUCCCUGACUGAGUGUGAGCAGGACUGACCCUGACUGAGUCAGUAAGAACAGAGAAGAUGGUAAAAGAGGGGUAGGUGUGGCAUUGUUGAUCAGGAACAAUAUUACAGUUGUAGAAAGGAUAUUUGGGGACUCAUUAACUGAGGCAGUAUGGGCUGAGGUUAGAAACAGGAAAGGAGGAGAAGUCAUCACGCUGGGAGUU